GUAAGCGGCGCAGUACGGCGAGGUGUACGUGCGACCGGAGCUGAUGGCGGCGGGGCUGGCGGAGGGUCUCACCGAGGAGGCGGGGAAGGCUCCAGGCAGAGCGAGGAGGCCCCGGCGGUACCGACACACCGAACCAGAAGCCCACAGCGAGGACGGAUGGAGCGGUGGGAUCUCCUCUGGGCUGUCAUCUUGUCUCCUCCAGCAGUCGUGUCCCCCUGUAUGGCGCUUGAAGAAUUUUGCCUGUUAGCGUAACUUGUGACCUCUGUGUUGUCAAAACGCGAACAAGCUGACAACUCAAGACAAUUCUCCUCACAGUUAGCACUAGCAAUAAGAUAGCUGAGUGCUGGGGUCGUAGGGUCAGAAUUGACUUGUAGUAAUAAUCAUGGAACGACAAGGAUCAGCCAGCAAGUUCAGUGGCUAGCAGGUGGUUAGCACAAGCAGCUAACGGUGGCGCGGGACUAGGGAAGUGGGCGGAGCAGGGGUGCGAUGGAGUACCACUCUGGUGGCAGCCUGCCCCUGCUGGGGAGACCGCGCUACUGCCCUGGCACCAACGCUAACGGCGGCUACCUGUGCGAGACGGGACACUGCUGCGGUGAGACAGGCUGCUGCACGUACUACUACGAGCUGUGGUGGUUCUGGCUCCUGUGGACGGCCCUCAUCAUGUUCAGCUGCUGUUGCGCGUACCGUCACCGGCGAGCCAAAGUGCAAGCGCAGCAGCAGCAGCGGCGCCAGCGAGAGAUCAGCCUGCUGGCCUACCGGGGUACCGCCUCCUACCCGUCCUCCAUGUUGGACCUCAGUUUCCUGGCAUCGCUCAAGCUGCCGUCGUACGAGGAGGUGGCGGCGCAGCCCUCCACGCCGCCGCCCCCCUACAACUCCGUUUUUACGGCGCCGCGCUACCCGCAACCCCCCCGCACUGCCGACCCCCACCUGCUCAUGCAGCACGACCCGCUGCUGCACCGCCCGCUCAGCGACGGCCCCUCCUCUCUCAGCUCAGACAACAGCUCCAGCUGCUCCUGUGACUCCUGCUGCCCCUCCUCUCUGUGUAGCUCCUCCCCCUCUGCGCCCCUGACCUAUGAAACGGACACAAGUCACGCCUCCACGCCCAGCGAGGUGGCAGCCCUCCCCUUCGAUGUCGCCAUAGAAACCCCCCCACAGGCUCCUCUCUCCCCUGCCCCCGACACCACACCUGCCCUCGCCGACACGGCCACCGCCUCAAAAACCAGCUCGCCGCUGCCCACCAGUCCUCCCGCUAACCCCGUCCCAACUCCACUCGUGGACCCGGAUUCCGCCCCCGAGAAGUCGGGGUCGGCUGGGUCCAGCGGGUGCACGGCCCCCUCUGCCCUGGCCCCUCCCUCCACCUCUUUCCUCCUGGACGCACCACUACCGACCCGGCCCGCUCAGGCCCCACCCAAGCAGACGCUCUUCUCGCCGUGCGUGGAUGUCUUUCCAGCAGAGCCGGAGGAGGAGGCGAACGAAGACGACGUAGACGCCGACGAGAGCCAGUACCGUCACCGAAGACUGACCGGCGACUCGGGCAUCGAGGUGUGCCGCUGCCGUGUCCAGGGCCAGGAGGCGCAGGAGGAGGAUGCCGAGCCAGAGAGCGGCAGUGAGGGAAAGAACUCUGAUCUCCACGACAGCGUGGACUGUCCCUCCAAGUGCGCCGCCACACCUUGCCACCCCCGCGAGGAGGCGGGCGAUGUCGUGAUCGUCGUGGAGACAGCGUGAUGGACAGAUGCGGUCGUCAUUGCAGAUGAUUGACAGGCCUGCCUUGAGCUCCCAAUAGACGGAACGCUCCAGCCAUCCAUUUUCAUUUCAAAUGUAGACACUUCCCUUUUGAGGAGUAGACACUUCCUCUUUGACAUGGACAUCACCUGAUUGACACGGCAACUUCCUGAUUGGACAGAGGGGCGUCGUGUUUGACACAGAUGCGUUCUGAUUGGACCUGUGUUUUUCCAUUUGGCCUUUUACUUACAUAUCCUAAUUAGAAGUGGCUCCACGUCAUUGGACAAUUCAUGUUUGGAUGUGGAGAUGUUCUAUGUGACAUGGAUGCGUCCUAAUUGGACAUGGGUUUUUGCCGUGUUGGACAAGUCCACUUCCAACUGGACUUGGACACUUCCAGAAGGGACAUGGACAUUUUGAAGGUUGACACAUCCUGUUUGACGUGUACACUGAGGAAUCUGAACUUGCACUACCUGAUAGGACACGGAUACUUCCUGUUGAAUGUCAACGCAUACUCCUGACGUAUGCUCAUGGACACUUUCUGUUUGGACGUGGAGAACUCCGGAUUGUACCUCUACACUUCCUGAUUGGAAAUGUCCACUUCCUGAUAGGUCAUAUACAACUUCUGAUUGGUCAUGCACACUUCCUCAACGGACUUUGACACUUCCUGAUUUGACAUGAACUCUUACUUAUUGGAAAUGGACACUUCAUGUUGUACCGUUGACUUGACAGACAGGUGAGUGGAAGAUGAGGCUCCACUCCAUCCCUCCUUUGUGUGCUAGAUGUGGUGCUUUUCUUCUUUAGCUGAGGGACUGCAGCUGCAGAGCACCCUCUGUGGUGGAUUACUGUUACUACAGCUAGCCAAGUUUGUAGCUCUUCUUCUUCUUCUUGCUCCUUUUGUCGCUUUUGACUGUAGUCACAACACCCAAGUUGAAUGUAAGUACGUCAACACAGUGCUUGCCAGAUGCUAACUACCUAGGAGCUCAGCGCUAAUCACCAGUAGCGCCCAGUUUGUCACCUUAAAAAAAA